CCAGGGUUGUCAUUAUUAACCGAUUGCCGAUCGAAUUCAUCGGUUAAAAUCGCCAGAAAAUCGGUUGUUUUUCCCGAAUCUUUAAAAUUGCGAUCGGAAGUUUUGAUCACGCAAACAGACAAUAAUUGACGAGGAAUAAAAGUAGUUCAGUAGAACAACACCCGGUCAUUCAGUCAGUCCGUUAACUCGGCCUAAGAACUACUGUUUUCAGUGAAUUUCUCAGCGAGUGGCCAAUAUUGAUUUUUCUAGCUGUUAAUCAAAUUCUUCUUAGUAAGCACGUCAACCAAUCAGCGCUCAGGCAGCCAAAUACACGCCGACCCCACGUGAAACUGUAUCAAAUAGCUGUACAUUUCACAGAUUAUUACUGACCGUAUUUCAACGAAUGUAGCUUUGUAGAGCGUAAUUAACUACAUAUUAAACAAUGCUCUUCGAUUUUCUACCAAGAUAAAAGAUAUUAGCGACCUCUGUGCUACGUAGUUGUUAUUCAGCAUCUAAAUAUUUAAAUCCACGCUUUCCCCGAGGAAGAAUGACGUGAUGUUAUACAUGAAGUCUUAUUUUGGCAUGAUUUUCAUCUGUAUAUGAAAAACACGAGGAAUGUGUCUGUUACUAGAAUUUUCUUAAUUUUCCGUGAAUAAUGAAAUCUGAUUUCAGAUAACACAUUUAAUUAAACGCAUUUGAAAAUACUUAAAUAAUGCAUUUUGUUAUACAAAUGGUCAUUACACAUAAUAUAAUAAGUAGGUAAAUAACGUGUUUUGAGAUUGCCAAACUAUGCAUACAUAUAGAUCUACAUGCAUGAAUGACCUGACAAGUUAUAUCACGAUCCGGAUUGAAAAGAACUCGGUAAAAUUUUAAGAAAGACGCGUUUUUAUUUUCAGAAAUUAACUUUCACUUUCGCAAGCUUUUCUGAAAGGAGGUACAUGUAACAGUUUAGAUUGAGUCGUUGAUUUGUCGUAAUUACUAUAUAUAAACGGUUCUCAAUGCUCUCAAAUCGCGUCACCUUAUUCACUCAUGUUCAAUUGGAAAUCCCCAAUCCCACAAUUCAAUUUGUAUAUGCACUUGCGUUAAAUGGCAGACAACAUUCAUCGUCAAUAUUGGCCAUAAUUUGGUUUUGAAAAAAAAGAAAUCGUAAUAAUACUGGAUUAUCGGGUAAUGGAUAGAAUUGGAACAUGCAAAGAUCUAUCAAUAUAAUAGGUUUUUAUAUUGUACAGUAUACUAAAAAUGUGAUAAUCUUAAAAUUUUCUGUUCUUUUUAGACCUCAUUUUAACUUUUUUAUGCUCUGAGAAUAGCAAUAUUUUGUCCCUAAAAUGUCUAGAAUUCGUUUUCGGUCGGGGAGCUUCGCCCCCCUGACCCCCCUAACAGGGCCUUGCCCUGGACCUACAAGGUGGCCUAGGCGGCCCCUUGACCCCCAGCCCAAUCGGUUACUAUUCCAAAAUAAUCCUUUGUUUACAAUCAUAAUGACAACCCUGGGCUACCACUGCACGUCCUGACAGUGCAACCCCUGGGGCAACAUGCUCCCACACCAUGGAAACCAGUGGGCCUAGCAUUGAAACAUUGAAGAAACCAGAGAUUGCCACUGGCAUAGCUGAGUGCACUGGCCCGGAACAUUUGUCACAGAGUCCUGCUCAGCUGAUUCAGGUUCGCAAGGAGUCACCCAGUGACUGGUGGGAUGGAGAGCUACAGCCUAGCAGAUCCAACGAUGUGAGCCGGAGUCAAGCGGUGAAAGAAAUGGCCGAUUAUUAUGCUAUGAUGGAGCGUAAACACAGCAGACAGAAGGCGGCUUCAGAUCGAAUGUUGAACAAACUACGAGACCAAAGUAUUCAAAGUGUUCAAAAGACUGUGGUCUACACAGAGCAUGGAGGGAUUUCAUACUCAUUCAAGGAUGUGUAUGAUCGAGUUUGCCAGCUGGUUCCAUCAGAAAUCCUUCCUGCCAAAUUUGUACUGCACUCCAGAGCAGGGGAAGAGUAUGACAUUAUGAGUGAAAAAGUAAAUGAAGAAACUCCACCAGUUUUGUUCCUGAAAGAACAAAAAAUGGAUAAUUUGAACGACACUCUGACGAACUUUGAAGAGGUCUUCUUUUGAACUUUAUGUUGGAUUGAGUUGUAUACCUUUUAAAUUCACCUGAUUACAACGUGAUCACCAUUUGUCCUUCAACAUCUAUCUUGUUUACAAUCUAGAGGCCACAUUUAUUUUCCUAUCUUCAUGAAACUUUGUUAGAAGAUUUGUCCCUAUGAUAUAUUGGCUAAUUUUGAAUAGUUUAUGAGUCUUAUUUUAACUUUCAUCCAAUUGACAUGGUAUGUCAGUGUCUGUACUUGGAAGCUCUCCAUUUGAUGAAUAAACAAUUCACAUAUGACCUAUUGAAACUUGUACAGACAGCCUUUUUUCAGUCAGCUACUGGUUAACUGAGUUAUUCCCCAUACAUUAAUCUAAGGUUUUAAUAUGUACAUAAACGUUAUGUGUUGGAAAUAUUUUCAAAUAUCAAAACUUUCAUAUACUACUUUUAUCUUUCUGCAGUCCUUUAUCAAAAUAGUUUAGUAAUUUGGGUUUCAGGUGAGCACCUUUGAUCCUGUGGCCCCUCUAAUUUUCUUUAUUGAAAAUUGAAAAGUAUAUAUGUUUACUUCCUUCAAUGUUAUGUUUUUCUGUGUCCACCAAACAUGUGUCUGUGACACAUGUAGUUAAAUAUUUGUCAACAAAAAGUGAUAUAACUUAAUAUAAUAUGUCAAGCAUGAUGUUGUAACUUUGUAUUAAGAUAGUGAGGACAUUUUAUUGUCACUGAAAUGUAAAUUGAAUUAUUGAAAAUAACAUACAAUCUAAAUACUUCACUGACAUGAAAAGUACACAAGAAAUAUUCAUGCAAGAUACAUCUGGAUUUUUAUGUCCCCCACCCACUAUAGUGGGGGACAUAUUGUUUUUGCCCUGUCUGUUGGUUGGUUGGUCUGUUGGUUUGUGCCAACUUUAACAUUUUGCAAUAACUUUUGCUAUAUUGAAAAUAGCAACUUCAUAUUUGGCAUGCAUGUGUAUCUCAUGGAGCUGCACAUUUUGAGUUGUAAAAGGUCAAGGUCAUCCUUCAAGGUCAAAGGUAAAAAAAACUAAUUCAAAGCGGAGCAGAAGGGGACAUAGUGUUUCUGACAAACACAUUUCUUGUUGGACUUAAUAUAAACAUUAUUGUUCUCAUUUGUUGGUUGAAUGCAUUUUAUUAAUAACUAUUAAAAAAAUCAGCUUGAACACUCAAAGAAGGAAUUUUACUGUAUAUCAAUAUUCUGUGUUUUGCUGUCUUGCCUGAAGUCUUAAAGAGGAUAAGUUUAUAUGGGCAUACAAAUACAAGUGUUUGGCUGUGUUGUGUUUGGGUUUAAAUGUAGGCCUGGGGUGUGGUUAAGCGGAAUGGAUUUAGUUUCUCUGAAAUUUUUUUACCAAAUCUUUUUUGGCUGACGAAGCGGAGAAGCCAGAGGAGAUAUUUCAAAGUUGAUAGCUCAUCUAAAGUUUAAAUUUGUUCAAAUACAUUGAAUGUUAGCUGUGAUUGAAGUUAUAAAUCUGUAAAUUUGCAAGAUAUUUGGGUCGACUGACUUUGCUUUGAUAGUAGUGUUUACAUGAUAACAUUGUUUGGAUCAUGUGGGUUCAGAGCUUGUGUGGACAAGUGUGAAAUGCCUGUAUAUUUUGGUCAUUGGAUAGUUAUAUUUUGUCAUGUGACUGUUGCACUUUGUUCAUGUGACAGCAAUCUAUUUGGGUGUUGUAUGUUAAAUUAUUAUGUGGAGUUUUUAGAGGAAUAAUUAUAAAAAAUAGUUAAAAUGAAGUCUUUAGGCUUGUAAGUUAAAACUUUUUGGUGAAGAAUAAAUAUUAUAUGGAGUUAAGAAUUCGAACAAAUUUUGUGGAUAUACCAUGUACAUCCAUGGCUUUUAUGAUUUUUUAGAUAGAUUGUCAUAAUCAAGUCUUGAUAUAUAGAACUAUUGCAUACAUCAAACUUUAUGUUGUAAUUAUUAAUUAUGUAUUGUUAUAUUAUUAAAUAUUAUGUCAGUUCAACAUUAUUGAUUGAAAUACCAAAACUGCAACUGAUAGGCACUCCCUUAUCAUUUCCAAAUACAUGAUAAUAUAGCACAACGUCUUCCAUAUGAUGAGAGUAUAAAUAUCUUUUCCUGCAUGCAACUGUUACCAAUAUUUUUGUGGAAUGUUAAGUUGUGGUUAUUAAAUUAAAAUAUGUUUUAAAAAUAAUUGUAUUUAAUCAUGUGAAGAAAGUGUAAAUUUUAGUAUCAGAGUUGUCUUGGUAAAUCUCUUGUUUAUUAUGCCCCCCUUCGAAGAAGAGGGGGUAUAUUGCUUUGCUCAUGUCGGUCGGUCUGUCGGUCUGUCCGUCCACCAGGUGGUUGUCAGACGAUAACUCAAGAACGCUUGGGCCUAGGAUCAUGAAACUUCAUAGGUACAUUGAUCAUGACUCGAUUUUGAGGUCACUAGGUCAAAGGUCAAGGUCACGGUGACCCGAAAUAGUAAAAUGGUUUUUGAAUGAUAACUCAAGAACGCAUACGCCUAGGAUCAUGAAACUUCAUUGGUAGAUUGAUCAUGACUUGCAGAUGACCCCUAUUGAUUUUGAGGUCACAAGGUCUAGGUCACGGUGACUCGAAAUAGUAAAAUGAUUUUCGGAUGAUAACUCAAGAGCGCUUUUGCCUAGGAUCAUGACACUUCAUAGGUACAUUGAUCGUGACUCGCAGAUGACCCCUAUUGAUUUUCAGGUCACUAGGUCAAAGGUCAAGGUCACAGUGACAAAAAUCGUAUUUACACAAUGGCUGCCACUACAACGGACAGCCCAUAUGGGGGGCAUGCAUGUUUUACAAACAGCCCUUGUUUUGUUAAUGGGUUUUACAUUUCUUAAAUGUUUCACAUUGUAAACAUGUCUUCAUACCUCUCCAUAAUGAAGUAAAAGAGAGACGUCAAUAGUGAUUCCGGUAUGCCUCCUUUAAAUAAUUAUGGAAAAGAUAGACAGAGAGACGUCAAUAGUGAUUCUUUUCCAACUUAAACAUUUCAUAACAUCAUGAAUAUCAGAAGUCAUCCGCUUAACCUUUUCAUUGAACAACAUUUAAAUUUGCAGGCAUUCAUCAUUAUAAUAUGAAAUUUUGUAUGUGCCAUUGUUAUGAUGUAACAUUCAUGUUUAAUAAAAAUGAAUGCACCUUUUUUAAUCUUGCAAGUUCUGUAAUAUCAUGCUUUUGGGGUUGUAUUCUAUGUGACUAUUGAGAUUUAUUGAAGUUGAUUUUGUCUUCGUAUUGUGUUCUCAAUACAUCGUAAGUCAAUAUGUGUUGUCAGAUACUAAGUAAUUUGAUAUACGGUCAUAAUCUUGUUGUAU